AGUUUCAUAUUUCAGCAGGAGAAAUCCGGACCAAACCCACUUUUCCAUGUUUGACAUCAACUGACUGCAGAGAUUUAACUGGAGGGUUUAUAAAUAUCAGUAUGUUUUCUCCGGUAUAUACCCAAACCAGGGCAACAUUGGCUCGAAUAAGAUGUCUUCAAGAGUGUAUCGAAUGCUUCCGUGACUCCAAAGAACUUCCAGAAGCACUCUGUUACGUGCCGAGCGGCCUCGAGUUCAAACUUUCUCCGACAGCGACCCGAUUGAAUGUUUACAAAAACCCCGACCGGCAGGCAGAAUGUAUCAACACACUGACAUCAGAAACUGGCAAUGAAAAUACGUUGUAUGUUGCUGGACUUGCAAUGUGCAACUCUCAAGGGCAAUGGCUUAAAAUAGAGAGGCCAGUUGAAGGCUGGGUGUUGUUGUAUGACAGCAAGGCAAGCCAAGAAGACCCCCCUACACUCCAACCAGUGGAAAUAAACAUAGCUAGUUCACCUUGUCAAAAAGCCUGUGACUCUGUUAAAUUCAAAGAGUUACAAAAAUCAGUUACGGGCACACGUCUGUUUACUUUUCAGUUGUAUGAAUUGACUAUAAUUGAUCAAAAGAAGUCAUUUUUCUCGUAUUUCAGCUGGGAAGAGGUAAUAGAAGUGACCUAUAGCCUAAGGAUCGGUAAGCUCCCCACAGUGAGACCAGCCCACAUGGAAGGGGUGGAGAAUCUGAGGACGGUCCCUCCUGUCUGGAGUCUCGAAUGUGAUGAGGAGCUAGCAAGGUUCCUUGGGGAACACACAGAUCAUGAGAAUGAGAAGCUGGGGAGUGUGAAGCAGUAUGUGGAGUCUGUUGAUGUAUCGUCGAGCUGGGAUGAUGAGAGUGCAUCUUGCCUGACCGAUGGCGAUCCUACGACUUACUGGGAGAGCGAUGGUAGACAGGGUCAACACUGGAUACGAUUGGGUAUGAGGCGAGGUACCAUUAUCAAGAAGCUAUUUAUCACAGUUAACGCUCAUGAUGAUAACUAUAUGCCAACCCAUGUUGUAGUAAUGGCCGGUGAUCGGGAACAUCUAGUCAAGCUCAGUGAUCAUACCAUCGAACAGACAUUUUCAGGAGACAUCUGUAUCUUGGAAGACAUGACACAAUUCUACUCAACAGUUGAAAUCAGGAUAAAGUCUUGCAAGGAUGAUGGUGUGGAUACUAGGAUACAUGGGAUUAAGAUCAAAUCUUUGAAAGAGAGAGAUCUAGGACUCAAUAUUGAUCUCUUUGACAAGAAGGAACUUGUCAGAUAUCCUCGGUUGGAGCUUAUAGAUAAGGAGAAGUUAUACCAGAGAGCAUUGGUCUUACAAAGGUUUAUUAAGUUACUAGACAGUGUGAUUCAUUUCAUUGUGCCUGCUUGGGAGUAUUCUGUGGGGUCUUUUCGUUCACUGGAGGUUGUUCGUCAGUUCUUACCCCUCUCUAAGAAGCGGAAUGGUCUCAUCCAUCACUUCCUCAGCCAAUCAGAAACAGGGAGGCCCUCUAGGAUGCCAAGAUUGUACAUCAACAGACGCAGUGCCGCCGAUCACAGGAUAGAUCCCUUCAAGGAUCCCUCUGCCAAGAACUCCAUCUUCUCUCAGAUGUACGAAGGACUAAAACCUAAGGAUAAGUUUGAGAAGCCUUUAGACUUCAGAUGGCCUCAGCAGUAUGAUCAAUGGUGGGAGUGCAAGUUCCUUUCAGAAGGGAUCAUUGACCAAGGAGGAGGAUUCCGUGAUAGCCUUGCAGAUCUUGCAGAAGAGCUUUGUCCAACAGGGAAAGAUGAUCCUAUUCCUCUACCUUUCUUUAUCAGAUCCCCAAAUCAGAACAAUGAUGAUUCCAACAUCAACCGUGAUGUCUACUUGCCGAACCCAUCGUGUCGUCAAUUUGCCAAGUAUGAAUGGAUUGGGAUGUUGAUGGGAGCCUGUCUCAGAAGUAGAGAACAUCUCGUUCUGUCAUUACCUGCCUUUGUGUGGAAGCUAAUGGGUUAUGAACAUGUAACCUGGUCAAGAGACUUCAAGACUGUUGAUGCAGCUGCCGUGAAGAUGAUAGAACUCAUAGAAUCCAUGGAUAGGGAAACCUUUGAGGCUUCUUUUGCUGGUGAGCUGACUUACACCACUAGUCUUAGUGACCAGACUAUUGUACCCCUCAAGGAUGGUUGCACUGAUACACAAGUACUGUAUGAUGACAGGAAUGAGUACUGCAGGCUGGUAAAGAAGGCUAGAAUGAAUGAAUGCACAGAACAGGUAGAGUCCCUGAGACAAGGUCUUUUGAAGGUCAUCCCUCAAGCUGUCCUUGACCUCCUGACCUGGCAAGAGCUCGAGAGAAAGAUCUGCGGAGAUCCUAUGAUCACGGUGGAGGACUUGAAGAAGACUACUUUCUAUGAAGAUAUUGAGGAAUUAGACGUCAGGGUCAAGUAUCUCUGGGAAGCACUCACUAAAUUCACCCAUGAGGAUAGAAGUCGUUUCCUGAGGUUUGUGACUGGUCGUCGACGCCUUCCUGCUCCUCUCUAUAUAUGUCCAGAUAGAGGAGACAAGGUUGAUGCCUUACCUGAGUCAUCUACAUGCUCCAACACAUUGUUCUUACCAGUAUAUUCAAGUGCAAAGAUCACAGAGGAGAAGCUGAGGUAUGCUGCGUAUAAUUGUGUUGCCAUUGACACAGAUAUGAGUCCUUGGGAUGAGUGAGAAGACACGGAAAUGAGUUUGUGGGACCGAAGACCGAUUUCUACGCAGAGCACCGGUGACUAUGACCGAGAUAAAAUUGGGUCAACUGGAUGCAGAAAUUAGUGUGUGGGAUCAGAGACCGAUUUCCCGUAGAGUGCAAGAGACUCUGAGAUCAAAUUGGGUCAACUGGAUGCAGAAGUGAGUUUGUGAAACCAGAACCUGAUAUUCCUGCAGAGCACCAGUGACCAUGAGUGAGAUCACAUGGGUAAAC